GACAACAGCAGGAAAUGACAUCAUCAACGUGAGACCGUUACCCGAAAGAAAAAAAAGGAAAACAAAGAGAUCAGGAUGGAUUUUCGUGGAUGGAACAGGGAUGAGACUCAGUGCUUGAUCUCCAUAUGGGCCGAAAGUUCGGUUCAGCGCAAACUGAUGGGAUCCUACCGGAACCGGUCGGUGUUUGAGGAGAUCGCUGGUAAAAUGGGAGACCGAAGCUUCAGCCGCUCGUGGCGCCAGUGUCAGCGGAAGAUCAAACAACUCAAAAGUCUGUACAGAAGAGCAAAGAAAAGCCAAUCGAACCGAGACCGAACCAGCUGUGUGUGUUAUGAAGAGCUGGACCGGGUCCUGGGGGACAAGCCGUCCUUCCAUUGCGGUGACGAGUGCGUCAUGGACCUAAAGCAGGAGUCCACCGAGGAGGACGAGGAGGCUCUGAAUUCUACCGUUAUUGUGAAGGUUCUGGAGCCCGACGAACGGAACCUCUGUGAAGGUCAUCCAGAAGCCCGUUCACCCUCAGCCUCUUCAGAGACAUCAAUGUCAUCAACACAGUCCCCCACCUCCUCCAGGAAGCAGCCAUUUUCCUCUUGUGGCACACAAACCAUUCACAGCAGGAGCCGACUGGAGAGCAUGCUGGAGGCCAUCUCCAGUUCUUUGAGCAGCUCCAGGAAUGAAGAGAUUCUGCUGAAGAUGCAGAAGGCCCAGCAUGAACACGAGGAGAGACUGUUUGGGAUGAUGAUGCAGUCCGUUACGUCUCUUGUCUCCACUAUCACGUCCAACCAGUCUGUAGCAGCCUCCCAGUCCUGGUUGCAGGGGACAGACCCCCCUCCAGCAUCGGUCCCUUUCCAGCAGCCCCAUCAGCAGGCAGGUCCAUCAGAUGUGGACUCCCGGGAGCCACAGACUCUCUUACAUUAAAACGUUCUGGUUCCAUGAAAUAAAAUGUUAAAACUACA